AUGAAACAACUGCAAUGUUUGGUUGUUCUCUUUCUCUCCAUCGAACAUAUUCAAGGUAUUUCGUUCAAUCAACCGAAUAUCUCUCUGAACUCUUCAUGGAAUCCCAAUGCAGCAAUCGUUGUCAAUCAAUCCAUCAUUGGAUCAACCAUCUCUGAUUUCUUCAUCACCACAAACAACUCCAUCUUUAUCUCCAAUGGACAACAAGGACAAGUUCUUCUUCUUGACUCUGCCAACAGUGGCAAUGUCACAGAUACGAGGAACACUUCCAUCAACUCAUCGAGUCUCUUCGUUGGACAAGGAAACCAAGUGUAUUUUGAUUCGUUCUCUUCAGUCACUGGUGGUGUCAGUCAAAUAGGAUGGAAUUCAUCAACACAUCCAACAUUGAUCAUCAGCCUCUGUCAGCAAUGCUUUGACAUCUUCGUUGAUUCAGAUGAGAAUCUCUUCUGUUCCAUCUCAGCUCGUCAUCAAGUUCUCUUCAGAUCAUUGCAACAACCGUCAACUCAUCUGAUGAUCGCUGCAGGAACAGGAUCGAAAGGAUCGACAGCAACAACACUUUCACAGCCCAAAGGCAUUUUCGUUGAUACAUCUAUUGGAGAUCUCUUUGUUGCUGAUUGUGACAACAAUCGAGUGCAGUUGUUUCAUCAUGAAUCUCUCGUUGCACAGACCGUCGUGGCCAAUCGAUCAUCCAACGUCACUUUCACUCUCGACUGUCCUUCACACAUCGUUUUAGAUUCGAACAAACUCUUGUUCAUUGUUGAUUCCAACAAUGGCAGAGUCGUUCGGCAGACAUCAAAUGGUUUCACUUGUAUUGUCGGAUGUGGAGGUACACAAGUGACUUAUCCGUCGAGAAUCGCUUUUGAUUCAGUGGAAAAUCUGUUUGUUCUUGAUCAAAGUGCUCAUCGGUUGUGGAAGUUCGAUCUGAUCACUUGGAAAUCUGCAGGGACGACGAAUGGAUCUUUAGGAUGGAUCACCACGGGAAAUAUGAGUGUUGCACGAUAUGGACACACAGCUACGAUUCUUUCCAAUGGAACAGUUUUAGUUACUAGUGGAUACAAUGGUGUUUGUCUGAGUAGUGCAGAAUUGUAUAAUCCAUUGACAGGCAGUUGGACAACAGGCACUAUGAGUGUUGUCCGAUCUGCUCAUACAGCUACUAGUCUGUCCAAUGGAAAUGUUUUAUUCGCUGGUGGAGACAAUUGUGGUAGUUUUCUGAGCAGUGCAGAAUUAUAUCAAUAA